GGGAUAGCGCGGCUUCCCUUCAACGUGUGGCCGCCGCCCUCCUCCUCUUUGCCUGCGAGAUAUUUGCACUCCAAGUCCCCCUCUCCUUAUAUUUGCCAAUCCUUCAGGUCGUGGUGGCAGCCAAUGCCGCCGCCCCUUGCCAUGGCCACCGCCUCUGCUCAGCUCCACCUUCACCUCGCUGCUGACUUCUUCGACCAUCUCGGCUCCAAGGACGUGACCCGACGUAUCCGCGGCCCGAGGCUUCGGCCGCGCUUCGACCGGAACCCGGCCACUUACGACGGACUGUCCUUCUUGGGGCCAAGAAUUUGCCGCCAGAGGGCGAUCCCGCCUCUUCCCUGCCGAUCCUUUAGGUCGGAGAACAGUAGGGAGGAGAGCGACGGCAGGAUGGCGGUGGUGAAGGAAGAGAGGGAAUCGAGGCAGUUGAAGCGCAAGGGUGCUCUUUACUCUUUCAAAUCGAUGCUCGUUAGGCUUUCGGGUUCGGAUUCGAGACCCGCGGGGCAGUACAGGAAGUACGUGGAGAAAACGGAAGAAAUUUUCUUCUCGUUCAUAACACAGUUAGGAAGAUAUCUUGUCACCAUGAUGAGUACUGAAGUUAUACUUGCAACUGGAUUUCAGUUGUCAGGUGGGGACAGUCAGAUGAAUACUCUGAUUUGGUAUAGCUGGCUUGGUGGAAUUAUUAUUGGAACAAUGAUAGGUGCAAACAUGGUUCUAGAAGAACAUUGCAAAGCCGGGCCACGAAAUGUUGUUGUCACUGGAAGCACAAGGGGGUUAGGCAAGGCACUUGCUCGUGAGUUUCUUCUAUCAGGAGACCGUGUUGUCAUUGCGUCCCGCAGCCCUGAAUCAGUUCAUCAGACGGUGGAAGAGCUAAGGGAAAACCUAAAGGAGGGUAUUUCUGUUUCUGGAAAUAAAGCCAGAAAAAAUUUAUCUCAUGCUAUGGUUGUUGGUAUUGCCUGUGAUGUUUGUAAACCAGAGGAUGUAAGAAAGUUGGCAAACUUUGCUGUAGCUGAAUUGGGUUCAGUGGACAUCUGGAUCAACAAUGCUGGCACUAACAAAGGUUUCAGACCUUUGCUGCAGUUCACAGAUGAUGAUAUUGACCAGAUCGUCUCGACAAACUUGGUUGGUUCUUUACUCUGUACAAGAGAAGCAAUUCGUGUCUUGGGGUCCCAAGGCAAGGGGGGGCACAUAUUCAACAUGGAUGGGGCAGGUUCUGGGGGAUCAAGCACACCGUUGACAGCUGUAUAUGGAUCAACUAAGUGUGGCCUUCGACAGCUCCAAGCAUCACUUUUUAAAGAAUGCAAGCGUUCCAAGGUUGGAGUCCACACAGCAUCUCCAGGAAUGGUUCUUACAGAUCUACUUUUGAGCGGUUCAACACUUCGAAACAAACAAAUGUUCAACAUCAUCUGUGAGCUUCCAGAAACAGUAGCUAGAACUUUGGUGCCAAGGAUGCGCGUCGUGAAGGGAAAUGGAAAGGCUAUUAAUUACUUAACACCACCUCGAAUAUUACUUGCUUUGGUUACCGCUUGGCUUCGUCGAGGUCGAUGGUUUGAUGAGCAGGGAAGGGCAUUGUACGCAGCCGAGGCUGACAGGAUCCGCAACUGGGCUGAGAGCCGUGCACGAUUCUCUUUCACGGAUGCCAUGGAGAUGUAUGCAGAGAACACCUGGGUCUCCGUUUUCUCGCUAUCAGUUGUCUGUGCCUUCAUCAUGCUCUCCAGUUCUGGCACUGCUUUCCCCGGCACAUGAUUUGGAGGAUCAACAACAUGAAACAAGAUCUCUUCAUACAGCUAAUUUUUUUCCAAUUGAUGCAAGAUACUUCAGGCUUGGACAAGGGUCAGGUGAGACACUGCAGGUCAGUGUAAAGCUCCUCUCCUUAUUUACUAACCAUGUAGAUAGUGCUUAAUGUCAGAGUCAAUCUUACAAUGUAAGCCACCUUUUAUAGAUGUCAUUUGUUUUUCUUCA